AUGCUGGUGACCUAUUUGGAAGCCAGCCGGUACCUUUGCGAGAUGGGCUCAAUUCUUUUUGGCGCCACGCUGACAGUCUGCCGUAUCAUAGGCGCCAAGGUUUCUACGGCUGGACGCGCUACUGGCCAUAGUAGCGCUAUCCCAGCAUGGAGAAGAAGAAUUGAGGAACGUAUCGCAAAGGCUAGAGCUCUCAUCGGCAGACUGAUAUGCUUCAGAUCAGGCAAUAACAGGCCAAGAAUUGUGCGCACCGUCAGGAUGGCGUUUGCUGGGACAAAUGUCAGUUUGUCCCAGCCGGAUAUAACGCAAAAACUGACGGAGCGCAUAGAUGAUCCGAAGCAAAGAAUCGCUGCUUGGGGAAAGCGGAUUCGGCGAUAUACCAAGAGGUGA